UUCUCACUUCCUCUGCUUCUUGAGCUUCCAUUGCCUGUAAAUACUGGUAAAAUGCUGAGACCAGUAAGAGGAAUACAAGGCCUCCUAGCCACUGUAAAGCUCAUGUUUGAUGGGUUCAAUCUUUGGAGAGAUGGCGGCAACCAGCCCUAUCAAGUUCUAGCUUUGGACCGGCCUUCUCCGUCGCUGGUUCCAGUGCCUUUCCUGGCCUCCAUUGUGGCUGCUGACCUGAUCGAAAAGAGGCUCCCGAACAUGGAGUUUGGCAGAUUUACGGAGAAGCAGCGGGUGGAGGGGCGGGAGGAAGAAGCUACUUGUGCUAUAUGCUUGAGUGGCUUAGAGGCUGGGCAUGAAAUCAGAGAGCUGCCCAGGUGUUGCCAUGCGUUUCACAGUGAGUGCCUGGAUCCGUGGCUGAAAAGGGGUCAGAUUACAUGCCCAUUGUGCAGGUCGAAGCUGUGGGCACAUGAGCAGGGACAAGAGGGAGAAGAUGAAUGGAGGGAGGAGAGGAUUGCUUAUCUCUUUGGUGAGGAUUAUGCUAUGGUUGUUUGGUGAUGCUCAACAUUUUUGUUUAAUUGUUUCUUUCGAUCAUGUGGUUGAGCCUUUGGUCAUUGUUUCCUGUACGUUGCUGUUAACUUGGAAACUUGAUUCAGCAA